AGGCUGAAAACUAUUCAACAUGGAGACAGCAGUUGAGAAGCUGGAGUUGAUGUUCCAGAAGUCAGAGGCAGACCUGGAAUACAUCGAGAAGCGGCUGAAGUCGGACUUCAUCAAGAACGCUGCAGAGAAUGGAUGUCCUGCUGAGGAGAACCCGGCGAAGAUCCUGGAGAAUGUGAGGGCCAUCAAGGCCAAACAUGCAGCGCUGAGCUCACAGGUGAAGGAGAUCGCGGCUGCACAGAAAGAAUCCAUGGACAACAUCAGAAAGAACCUCAGCAGUGCCAUGGAUCUGGUCCAACACUUCCAACAGACGACUGAUGCAGAGGUUCAGCCACUGAACGAGUCCGAGCUGGAGUCAUUAAAACUCCUGGGAUUAGCUGUCAGUGAGACCACAACAGAGGAGCCUCCUGCUGAAGCAGCGUCUGCCUCCCAGCAGAGCUCUGAGGAUGAGGAGCUGAGUGAAGCCAUGUUGGAGGCCGUUCCUGUCAGCAUACGCUCCAACGUCCAGCUGGACGACCUCCAAGUGUUCUACCAGCAGCUGCAGGAACACCUCAGCAAAAACAGCGGCUCCAUCAGUGUGCAGAAGAUGAAGCAGUUGAAGAUGAAGGUGAGCGAUGCCAAGCUGAAGGUCCUGCAGCACCUCUCUUUAGUGGAGCAGGACAAGAGAGGGAACGUUCGUCUGGUGGUGUGAGAAGGAAUCAACACGUGGACACUGUUGAAUGGGUGGAUGUUGUCACUGUCCCACAUGGAGCAUGGAGGAGGAUCACAGCACAGGCUCUAGGGGGAUCCACCACACCGGACUCACCCAGGAAACCAGGUGUUUGCGGGUCAUAUUUUCAGCCCAGAUGUUGUUUUCUGUUGCAAUAUGUUCGUCCCUGAGGAAUAUAAAAGCAUGCGUAACUACAGAACUAAAUUAAAGAAUUAGUGGUGAUAAAUGUAUGGAUGUUUGGUGUGUUCCAUGUCUUCAUAUGUUUGCAUAUGAGUGAUCCUGAUAUUCCUGUAUUAUACAGCAGACUGAUUGUAUCAAUCAGUCAAAGGGAAUACGUAUCUGUAACACUAACUGUGAGGAGAAAAAUGGUAAAGAUGAGGAAACAAUGCUUCUUUAAGAGCAGGGAUGACAGGGUUUUACAAUGGUGUCUUUGUAUAUAAUUUUUAAUUCCUUAAAUAAACAGCACAAAGCAAAAUAAACACA